GCCCGGCCCCCACCAGGCCCCUCCCGGCCGGACCGGGACCUUGCUCAGCGGGCCGGGCCAGGCCUGGGGCCUUGGCGGCGGUCGGGCGGGGGAGGAGGGGGACCCGCGACGGCAGCGCCGAGCACCGGGAGGAGGUCCAUGCUGAAGAGACCCCAUUCAUGCAGAUGAGCCCCGGAUCGAGGUGGCACUUCGUCUAACUGCCCGGCAGGAUGCCAUCUACCAACCGAGCGGGCAGCCUGAAGGACCCAGAAAUCGCAGAGCUCUUCUUCAAAGAAGAUCCAGAGAAGCUCUUCACGGAUCUCCGAGAGAUAGGCCAUGGAAGCUUUGGAGCUGUUUAUUUUGCACGUGAUGCGCGCACCAAUGAAGUGGUGGCCAUCAAGAAAAUGUCUUACAGUGGGAAGCAAUCCAAUGAGAAAUGGCAGGAUAUCAUUAAAGAAGUCAAGUUCCUGCAACGAAUUCAACAUCCCAACAGUAUAGAAUACAAAGGCUGCUAUUUGCGUGAACAUACAGCAUGGCUUGUUAUGGAAUACUGUUUAGGAUCAGCAUCAGAUUUAUUAGAAGUCCAUAAAAAGCCUUUGCAAGAGGUGGAAAUAGCUGCCAUUACCCACGGUGCUCUCCAAGGAUUAGCAUAUCUGCAUUCUCACAACAUGAUCCAUAGAGAUAUCAAGGCAGGAAACAUCCUACUGACAGAACCAGGCCAGGUGAAGCUAGCUGACUUUGGAUCUGCUUCCAUAGCCUCUCCUGCCAACUCAUUUGUGGGGACGCCAUAUUGGAUGGCCCCAGAAGUGAUUUUAGCCAUGGAUGAAGGGCAGUAUGAUGGUAAAGUGGAUGUGUGGUCUCUUGGAAUAACGUGUAUUGAACUAGCGGAAAGGAAGCCUCCUUUGUUUAACAUGAAUGCAAUGAGUGCCUUAUAUCACAUAGCGCAGAAUGAAUCCCCUGCACUCCAGUCCAAUGAAUGGUCUGAUUAUUUUCGAAACUUUGUAGAUUCUUGCCUCCAGAAAAUUCCCCAAGACAGGCCUACAUCAGAGGAACUCUUGAAGCACGUAUUUGUCCUCCGGGAGCGUCCCGAGACAGUGUUAGUAGACCUGAUCCAGAGAACAAAAGAUGCAGUUAGAGAACUGGACAAUCUGCAGUAUCGGAAAAUGAAGAAACUGCUCUUUCAGGAGGCACACAACGGACCCACAGUGGAAGCCCAGGAAGAGGAGGAGGAUCAAGACCACAGCGCAGGCCGGACGGGAACAGUGAACAGUGUUGGCAGCAACCAGUCCAUCCCUAGCAUGUCCAUUAGUGCCAGUAGCCAAAGCAGUAGUGUGAAUAGUCUUCCGGACGCCUCUGAUGACAAGAGCGAGCUGGAUAUGAUGGAGGGGGACCACACGGUGAUGUCGAACAGCUCUGUUAUCCACUUGAAGCCAGAUGAAGAAAAUUACCGAGAGGAUUCAGAUCCGAGGCUGAGAACGUCAGAACCACAUUCUCCACCCCAAGUGUCUCGUCACAGGUCCCACUACCGCAACCGAGAGCACUUUGCUACCAUACGCACAGCAUCGCUGGUCACGAGGCAAAUGCAGGAGCACGAACAGGAUUCCGAGCUCCGCGAGCAGAUGUCUGGCUACAAGCGGAUGCGGAGGCAGCACCAGAAGCAGCUGAUGGCCCUGGAGAACAAGCUGAAGGCCGAGAUGGACGAGCACCGCCUGAGGCUGGACAAAGACCUCGAGACGCAGCGCAACAACUUCGCAGCGGAGAUGGAGAAGCUCAUCAAGAAGCACCAGGCGGCCAUGGAGAAGGAGGCAAAAGUAAUGGCCAACGAAGAGAAAAAGUUCCAGCAACACAUUCAAGCCCAACAGAAGAAAGAACUAAACAGCUUCCUGGAGUCCCAGAAAAGAGAGUACAAACUUCGCAAGGAACAGCUCAAAGAGGAGCUGAAUGAGAACCAGAGCACUCCCAAGAAGGAGAAGCAGGAAUGGCUGUCCAAGCAGAAGGAGAACAUCCAGCACUUUCAGGCCGAGGAGGAGGCGAACCUGCUCCGGCGGCAGAGGCAGUACUUGGAGCUGGAGUGCCGCCGCUUCAAGAGGAGAAUGCUGCUCGGCCGUCACAACUUGGAGCAGGAUCUUGUCCGGGAGGAACUAAACAAGAGGCAGACCCAGAAGGAUCUCGAGCAUGCCAUGUUGCUCCGUCAACAUGAGUCCAUGCAGGAGCUGGAGUUCCGGCACCUCAACACAAUCCAGAAGAUGCGCUGCGAGCUGAUCCGCCUCCAGCACCAGACGGAGCUCACCAACCAGCUGGAGUACAACAAGCGGCGGGAGCGAGAGUUGAGGCGCAAGCACGUCAUGGAGGUCCGGCAGCAGCCCAAGAGCCUCAAGUCUAAAGAGAUUCAGAUCAAGAAGCAGUUUCAGGAUACUUGCAAGAUCCAGACUCGGCAGUAUAAAGCGUUGCGGAACCACCUGCUGGAGACGACGCCAAAGAGUGAGCACAAGGCAGUCCUGAAACGGCUCAAGGAGGAGCAGACCCGGAAGCUGGCCAUCCUAGCGGAGCAGUACGACCACAGCAUCAACGAGAUGCUCUCCACGCAAGCACUGCGACUGGACGAGGCGCAGGAAGCAGAGUGCCAGGUUCUCAAGAUGCAGCUGCAGCAGGAACUGGAGCUGUUGAACGCUUACCAGAGUAAAAUCAAGAUGCAGGCAGAGGCCCAGCAUGACCGGGAGCUGCGUGAACUGGAGCAGCGGGUGUCCCUGCGCAGGGCUCUCCUGGAACAGAAGAUAGAAGAAGAAAUUAUGGCGUUACAGAACGAGCGCACGGAACGGAUCCGAAGCCUGCUGGAGCGCCAGGCCCGGGAAUUAGAGGCCUUUGAUUCAGAGAGCAUGAGGCUAGGUUUUAGUAACAUGGUUCUUUCGAAUCUCUCCCCCGAGGCGUUCAGCCACAGUUACCCAGGAGCUUCUAGCUGGUCCCACCAUCCUCCAGGGGGCACAGGACCUCACUGGGGUCAUCCCAUGGGCGGCCCGCCACAAGCGUGGGGCCACCCAAUGCAAGGUGGUCCCCAGCCAUGGGGUCACCCCUCAGGGCCCAUGCAAGGAGUCCCCAGAGGUAGUUCGCUGGGGGUCCGCAACAGCCCCCAGGCUCUGAGGCGGACGGCUUCCGGGGGACGGACAGAGCAGGGCAUGAGCCGGAGCACAAGUGUCACCUCGCAGAUAUCCAACGGGUCACACAUGUCUUAUACAUAAUAACUUCCAGUGUGUCUCUGAGGGUGGUGAUUCCACCGGAGCUGCCUGCCAACCGAAACUGCCAACAGACACCCUCCCUGGGAGCCCGGCACGAGCAGCGCGGAUUCUGGGUGCGGGCUGGCGUGCGCAUUCACCUGGGAAAGCGUUGUUUUGGGUUUACUAACAGGGAUGUCAUAGUAUUUGGCUGCAGAGUUCUCUUACCUUUUUUGUUUUGUUUUUUUUAAGGAAGCAGCGUGGAGUCCUGGAGAGAGGGUGAUUUUUACAGUAGUGGGGGUGGGGUGGUCUUUCUCUUUCCCAGCGGCCUGGAGCUCAGAAAGGAAGAGCUGGUGUCGCCGUUCCUUUAGUGGGGACACUGAGGGCGAAUUAGCCAAGCCUGGGUGUGCUUGGCUCCCCCUCUCUGUGUUUUCUCUGUGUCCCUUCCCUUGAAGGGGUGGACCUCUUGCUGAGAAGGGACCAAGCAAAAGUGCGUAGCAAGAGUGGGCCAAGAGGACUUUGCCCGCUGAGAGAAGUCGGGGAGGAAAGGGAGUGCAGACUCCGCGCGCGCCCCCCAGCGCAUGCUCUCUCUCUUGCACUAAGUGGCAAAGUUGCUCAGGCAGGCCGUGGGAAAGAGCUGCACUAGUGAAAUGCACCUGGCCGAAGUCUGUUUCCGGUUCAGCUCCGCAUGCCCGUGCUGUGUCAUGCGCAGAUGCGGGAGGGAAGAGUUGGGUCAGGAAGGCGUUCUCUUUUCUGACUUAAUACUGUGACAUCUCAUCUUAGUGAAGCAUCAGAACAAUUCGCAGGACGCCCGCAAUCGCCCCACUCUGUCUGCCGUAUUCGUCAGAGGCUUGCAGGCAGCCAAUCCAAAAUUCCAGAGGUAUUGCAAAAAGAUGCCAUAAGUUGCAAACACGCCAUCGGUAGAUGAGGAGGCUUUCCUUCUGACACUACAUUUGCCAGUUAUGUUACCUACUUGGGCUUGCCACAGUUUCUUGUUUACAUGUAAAGCCAGCCAACUGUUUGAGUGUUUUAGUUGCCACAGGGAGCCAGGAGCCAACAGGGUCUCUCCCAGCUGCUGAUUAACCCCUGCCUUGCCUCUGUAGACCUUUUUUUAUAUACGCAGCCCAUCCUUGGCUUGAAUCCUUCACAAUGCCAUGGCUGUUGGCAUUGCCUGACCGCCACUCCCUGUGUCUCAGCCAAGGAGCUCCCACACGCACCUGAGUCUGAGAAUAAGGUAGCGGACCUUGUACGCUCAGAAUCUUUGGAACCUCUAAUGCCAAGGGCAGGGACGGAGGCGCUGUGGGCUGGCAUCAAAAGGGUUAAAAUGAAAGCAGUUUGGCCGGAGGGUGCCCCCCCCCCAAAAAAAAAAGAAAAGAAAAGAAAAGUUCCUCUUAUGGGCUGCUCCACUUGGCGAUCUUUGUAGUUUCCUUGCACACUUAAAAAAAAAAACACUAGCUACUAACUCUAGAAUUUGCCUUUUAACACAUCUAUAGGGCUCAAAAAUGCAAGGUUUUUUUCUGAAUGUUUAUGUCUAUGUGACAUAUUUGUAUAGAAAAUAGUCUAACGCCUCACACUGCUGCUCACUUUUUUAAUCAGUGUGACUUUUUUAAUUAGCUAAAUUAAGCACCACUCCAGAUCCUUAACUUUCAGCCUCUCUCUCCCCCUCCCCAGCCUCCAACUCUUUGGCAGAUCAUAUCACUGGGCACAAACAUGGGCCCAUAACCCAAAUCCACCCCUGAAACCCUGGGGUGGGGAGAAGGCCUUCUGACAUUGAGCUGUGUACCAUUGUUUCACUUAAAUGCAGAGAUUCAUCUUGGCAGAGAUAGGCGAGACACCAAAACAGCAAACCUUUCGUUGGCUUUAUAUUCUGGGUUGUGUAUUUCUACAAGACGUGUCAAAGGACGCCCGCUCCUUGUCAUUGACGUGUCUUUCGAGUAAAAUUCAACCAGCUCUUUUAUUUUUCAAAGGUGGGAGAGAGGGAAAAAAAACACUGAAACUUUUAAACUGGGAAUCCCUCUUGAAACUUUGGCCUCACGUCCGCUCAGGCAGGACUGCAUCAAGUCUGUGGUGCUAGACCGUGGGGCGGGGAGGGGGGGCUGAAGGGUCCUCCUUGCUUCCCAGCUUGUACACACACAUUCACCCGCAGAGCGGUCGUCUGAGGUCGCGUUGAAACCCCGUGCUUCUCAUUCUUUUUCUUGCUUUUAUGACAAAGUGUCGGUCAGGGGAAGAUUUCCUUGAAAUCAUCUUGUUUUGUGUGAUGUAAAAGCAUAGGCUGUAACUGCUGCCUUCCUCUCCCCCCCCCCCCACCCACCCCCCAAUCAAUUUCAAUAUUAGCGCUUUUAUUGGAGAGAAUUGUGGUGUAACUAGUUUUUUUUUCUUUUUCCCAUGUACAUCAUCACUUGCCAGACCCUGGACUCUUCGAUGAAUUAAUAUUUUAAUUAAAAUAGUUUGCAAAAACUGAUUCAGAUUAAUUGGUCUAAAUGGUUUGCAUCUGGUGCGUGAAUGGAUGGGCGUCUGUCGAGAGGAGCCAGGCGAAGAGGUGAGCAAGCCACUUUAGCUGCUGGCUCGGGGUUCCUUUAAAAAUGCAAUUGAUCUGCGAGUCCCGCCUCCAUCUGCGAUGGACAUGUAUAAAAGCCAAUAGCCUCCUUUACUGAGAGAUACAGGUAUUUUCUGAAUCAGUUUGCAAACCGGAGAGAUGUUUCAGGAUUUGUGUUAAAGCUCAUUCCCCUUCCAAAAAUCGUUAACUUCUUUCAUUCAUUCCAUGUUGAUCUCUGGAAUGGCGUUUUCUGUUUCGUUGCCUUUUGAUUGAUAGAAACCAGAUGUCCAAAAAAUGACAUUAUUUUUGUUUUGGCUCAGAAUCUAUCACCUCUCAAGCUCAGGAAGCUUGUCCUCACUCACCUUCGCACAAACCUGCAUGAGUUGGCAACACAUUUCAUUGUCCGCGUCCAUUAUCCCCGUGAUAUUUAGAGCCUUACAAGCGGAUUUCCCUCUCUGGCACCCUUAGACAAGCAGAGUUCCUCUCAAUGUUCAGGAGGAGGCCAGAAGAUCUGCACGUUUUCCAUUUGCUGAGUGACCGUGUUGUGGCUUUGAACAUCAUGCCACUCCUGGCAGAAUCUGUGGAGGAAGGGUAUGUGGUCAAGCAGCAGGCAGAUGACGGGAAGCGCAGCAAAAGGUUUAGAAGGCUCCCAACGGCCCAUGGGAGCUGCUGGAAUCCUGACGUCCCAACUGUUGCGCAUAUCCGGAAAAUCCCGCCUCCUGCGCCUUGAGCUCAGGAUCACAAGUGUUCUCGCUGGAGAAGCAAAGACAUAAUCCACUUCUUUUGUCUUGUUCUUUGCUGGGCACUUCUUUGUUCAUCCUGUUUGUUUUUCUGGGAGUGGGGGUUUUUUUGCGGGGGAGGGGGGACAUCUUAUUUAUUUACACUUCUAUUUUCUCCCCAAACAUAUCAUUGGGUCUUUUAACCUCAUAACCCUGUGAAGGAUGUUAGGCUGGGUGCAUGUGCUUCGCUCAAGGUCAUGCUUCUUGAAUCUCCCUGAUCCUAGUCCAGGGGUCUGCAACCUGUGGCUCUCCAGAUGUUCAUGGACUACAGUUUCCAUCAGCCCUUGCCAGCAUGGCCCUGUCUUAGUCCAACACUCUUAACUGCUAUACCAUAUCAUCUUUGUCUAAACAUCCGCUGAAAACUACUACAUGUUGACUGUGGCACUACUUCUGGGGAGGUUUCCAUGAUCCACAUCCCUAGUGCAGAACUACCAAGUGCCUUCCGUUUUGAUAAGGAAGCCCCAGGAUAGCGUGGCCCACCUUAAACAGAUCCACACAUCUUUGUAAUGCGCCAGGAUGUGUGUGGUUUUUUAAAACAUACGGGCUCUCAUUUGUGCAUACGUUUGUAAUUUCUUGCAUGCCUUCCACGCAAGAGACACCAAGCCGUGCCGUUUGUUUCGGAAGAGGUGCCAACAGCCUGUCAAUCAACCUGCAACGCUUUGGAGGUUGAUUGGAGAGGAGGCUGAUUGGAGUGGAAGGAAGGAGGCCCCUCCCCACGCCAGUGGGUUUCUUUUAGACCUUCAGCCGCUUGGUAGUCAAAGGCACAAGUUUGCGCUUUCGUGUCUUUGGAGAAGAGGUGGUGGGAACUGCCAUCAAGUCGUGAUGGUAACUCCAUCAGGUUUUCAAGGCAAGAAUAGAGCAGAGGUGGUUUGCCAUGGCCUCCCCUCAGCAUAGCAACUGGACUUCCUUAGCGGCCUUCCAGCCAAGCUGUAACCAGGGCGGGGACUGUUUAAAUUCUGAGCAGGCUAGCUUGGGCCAUCCAGCUCAGAAGAGGAGGAAGAAGAGGAUUGGUCUAUUGUGGGGUGUGCUUCUGGUUUAGUUCCCUGAAACCUGACAAUGGAGCUGCCUCUGUCGAUCUUGUCAAUAGCCAGCUCCUGGCAGGAGGGGCAUGAUUUAGAUGCUGUCUAGGCAUCGGCCGCAAAGGCACUAUAAACUGAACCCUUUCCAUCCCUUGGUUGGCGUCUGUAGAGCCGGUGGACCUCUCCAUCUUUCAUGCUUUUUGCAGAUAUAGAAAAUGUCUCUCUGUUGUUUCCUUACAUGGGGGGUUUAUACCAACAAAACCCACAGAAGAAGCUGGAUUCACCCAGUACCUAACCUGUGUAUUCAGGUGUGGGAAUGGUCUUCUGAAGCCAUCCCAUCCAUGCCAGUGUCUCGUGGCCCCAUGGGUGGCUGUUUCUGUAUUGUGGAGGUGGUCUCGCUGCUUGGAUGGAGUGUAGAGUCUCCCGCUCGGGAAAGCCCAGCCGAAGCUUCCCUGCAGCACCACUUGCCUUCUAGACCAGUCCAGUGUAUGAAGGUGAGGUCUAAAUCUGGCCUUUUUGCUGCUACCCUGGCAGUUCUGCCAAUGAUGGGUUUUGGAUUUGAAGCUGGGUUUCCAGCUGAGUCCUUAAACCGGGAGCCAUGAUGCUACGGUGCCUGCUGACCUCUCUCUUGGCGCCUGCCGGGCGUUUUUAGGCAGUGGAGCCAAGUCGGGAACUUUUCCAGGUUUGGUGGUUGCCCUCACCACCCUGGGUCAAUUCCCAAGCUACCCACAGCCUCUGAAAAGCUGGUAGGGGAGCAUUGUUAUGAAUCCCUAGAAUCAUAGAGUUGGAAGGGGCCGUACAGGCCAUCUAGUCUGACCUCCUGCUCAGUCCAUGAUCAGCUUAGAGUAUCCCUGCUAAGCAUUCAUCCAGGCUCUGCUUGAAGACUGCCAAAGAGGGGGAGCUCACCGCCUCUCUAUGCAGCCAGCUCCCCUGCUGAACGGCUCUUACCAUAAAAUAAUAUUUUCUAAUGUCCAGCCAGUACCUUUCCACCUUCAAGUGGAGUUUUUUGAGUUCUGUAGGGCUUCUUUUUCUUUCUUUCUUUCUGAAGGGCUUUGGUGCACCCUCUUCCAAAUAGUUAAGACCCAAGGAGAAGAUACUGGCCUUUUCAGGAUAAUUGAGUGAUGACCUCUCCGGGCUCAGAGUAAGUGAAGGGGACAGUUUUGCUGUCUUUAUUUGUACUUUUCAUGUACCAUCUGGCCAUUUAGCACUAAGCUCUCAUUGGGUUCUCCUGAAAGCCCUUUCCCAGAGCUUUGGUAAACAGGCACUCUGGUGGGGAAAAGGCUGCGUCAGCAAGGAAAGGGAUAGAGCAAAUGGGGCUUACAAAACCAAGCAGGGUGUUUUAUCCUCACGGAGGAGUGUGUCUACAGUUGUAUGUUCUUCCUCCAAUCUGGUCUGGUUAGGGAGUGGGGGCUGCACGGCAUGCCAUUUUCUUGCCUAGGUCAAAACGUAGCAGCUCAACACCACAAAACACCCCCUCUCUUCAUGAGGAUGGGUGCCCUGGUGGGUGUCAGCAAAGAGUAUUCCUUUACUUGUCCGAUUUCAUGUUUGGGGUCACCGAUACCCACACAGCUGGCUUUUAAUUUUUAAUGUUGAUUUUCAACAAUUUUCUGUGACUUGUGUGAAGAGACGCAAGGAGAAAUGCAAGUCACUAAGAUCUGCCUCUUAACUGCUGCAGAUUAUACCAACUUUGCUUUCUUCUGGGUGUCACUUAAGGGGCAUGUCAUAUUUUGCCUGUACGUUUGUCCGGGUUAAGAUUUGCACAGGGGAUAUUUCUUUUUCCCGCGGGUAUCAAACACAGGGUUGUGUUCAAGCUCUCCGUCAGCUGACCCUCUCGCCCUUUUUUACCCUAGAUUUCAGAGACCAGAAACUGUAAACAUGGUUGCUGGUUCUGUCAGUAGAUACCUUGAGAGGGGAUUCUGGGAAAUUGGAACUGAUUGCUUCAGUUGGUCUUGUGCUCAGGAAAGAGGUAUGCAUAUGUGAUUUCCAGAGGCAAUAGAAUCCCUAUUGGCACAUAUGCCGGGUACAGGAGGGAAAAACAUAGGGAGAAAAAACAGAGUGCGUAGUAUGUGUGGUUGCGUGCCUGUGUGGGCGUAUCAGCACUUUUUGAAAAGCAAACAUGAUCAUUCUCCUCCUUUAAUUUCACCACCAUGUUAUUUUGCCCCUUUGCUUUUCCAACUCAGAACAUAGAAAUAAAACCAUCUCUCCAUGCUGGAGUGGAUUUGAGGUAUAAUAUUUUUUUUUAAAGACUGCAGUACAUGCCACACACAACGAAGAACUGACUGUUGCCAAAACUGUCAGCGAGUUUUGCGUUUUAAACUAACACUUCAUUGCUUGAAGUCCUUUGUAUAUGUUUCUCCCAGAGAAGGAGGGUUUCUAACCAUUGGGUGGCAGGAUGCAAACGGUGAUAGGUUUGCAGCAAAAAUUUGGCUUUAAUGAUAAAGGCAAGUGGCAAGUGUCUUCUCAAAUUAAGGCCUCUGGGUCAAGAGUGUGAAAUGUGAAUAGUGUACAUUUGGCAUUAAAACAAAAAAGAGUAAAGCUUGCUUGUAUUGUGAAGAUUAUUUUAAGAUGAACAUGACACUUGAUUUCUAACAAAACAAUACUUAACACAACUUCAAUGUAAAUUUAUCCCUCCUGGGGUAAAAAAGAGCAUCUUGAAUGUAUAAUAAUAAAUUUUUGUAAGCUGGGUUGACAUCCUGCCGGCCAGCUGCUCUAUUUAUUAAUUUUGUAUAAUUAAUCUCCCUCCGUUGGCUUUCUAGUGUGGAUCUGACUCUCCCCUACCCAACCCCCCUUUUGCACAAUUUUGACAUGACUUGGGGGGGGGGGGGGUCCGCUUUUUGAAUCUCUUUUGUUUUGUUUCCGGUCUGCAGUUUAUUACACAAAUGUCUUUUUGACUGUCAAAUAUAGAAGCGCAUAAACCGUCAGUUGGGAGAAAGGAAGCGAGCAGAAACGUUGUCUUUCAGGGGAGGGGUGAACCUUUGCAUCUGGCAUGCGGGCAACCAUUUCUUAGCUCCAUACCUGCCUUGAGACAAGGUCACCAUUUUCCAUGAAUUUGAAAUUAACCUUGAUUCAGGGGUGGGGGGGUGUCUUUUGGGCUGUGGGGAGAGGUGAGAAUCGCAAGCCAAAUUGGCUUUGCGUCACUCCCUGCCCAACACACACACACACACACACACACACACAUACACAACACUGCAAUGUGUGUUUUGGCUGAUUUACAGGGUCUUUUUUGUGCAGGGAUGUUCUCAAGUGUUCUGCCCCGCCUAGGGGACAUUUCCCAGGGGCUACAUAUCUUGGCCCUCUACUUAGAUUUCCAAAAAAUAACUUAACACCUCCUACUAGAGCCAACGGAACCACCUGCAGUCUGAACAAAGAAGAAGCAGAUUCAAAUCCUGGCUGGUCGAGCGGGAAAGAGGAGCCAGGCUGGGACGCAUUUGACAUGACAUUAACCAGAGCUCGUUUCUCUGACCAGAAUUUCCUUUUGUCGGGAUGUUUGCCUGUGUUGGGGAAUCAGCUGUGAAGUUUAUCAACGGGACUCAAAGCACGUCAGCAAGGGUCUCGGGGGGGGGGGGGACCAGUUUGGAGGCUGAUUAGCAGCUUCCUUCCUCUGAAUUGGCGACAUGCAGCAUCUGGUGUGGCGAAAGAAUUGCUCCUCUUUCCCUCCUCGCUGCCACAGGUGUGCAUUUCCCACAAAGGCUGUACGGUCGGGGCUUCUGUUGUAUAAUAUUCUCGUCAGUAUUCUGGAUAUUCUUCUGGUUCAGACUUAACGUAAUAGCUCAUAUAUAAUAACCUGUAUUAAUUGUAUAGAUUGUGCAUUUAAAGCUGUUAUCGAGUUCUUGGAAAACAGAGAACAGAGGGUCCUAUGUAAUAUUUUGUUUGUAAGUAUCCUUUGUAUCAUAGCAAAGGAGAUGUUUAAAACAAAUGAGCUGUAAUAAAGUAAUUUUAGUA